GGAGUUCCGCCACGAUGAUCUUCCUGCACAGCAGCUCAGACGGCACAUUGCAAGCAUGGCCGGCGACAGUGAGACACAUCUAACGGACCGCGGCGAGAACAUCAACAUUAUUCGACAACCCUUUCUCAUCGGUGUCUCCGGAGGCACCGCCAGCGGCAAGUCGUCAGUAUGUGAGAAGAUUAUGGAGCUGCUGGGGCAGAACAAGAUCGACCACCACCAGCGGCAGGUGGCGAUCCUCAGCCAGGACAGUUUCUACAAGGUGCUGACUCCAGAGCAGAAGGCCAAGGCGUUAAAGGGCCAGUUCAACUUUGAUCAUCCAGAUGCCUUUGACAAUGAGCUGAUCAUGCAGACACUCAGACAGAUCCUGCAGGGGAAGACUGUCCAGAUUCCAGUUUAUGAUUUUGUCACUCAUUCCAGGAAAGAGGAGUUUGUUACGGUGUAUCCGGCUGAUGUGGUCCUGUUUGAGGGUAUCCUCAUGUUCUACUCACAGGAAAUCAGAGAUCUGUUCCAGAUGAAGCUGUUUGUUGACACAGAUCCAGACACACGGCUCUCACGCCGAGUUCUAAGAGACAUCAGUGAGCGUGGAAGAGAGUUGGAGCAAGUCCUGGCUCAGUACAUCACCUUUGUGAAACCGGCCUUCGAGGAGUUCUGUUUGCCAACAAAGAAGUAUGCAGAUGUGAUUAUUCCACGAGGAGCAGAUAACCUUGUGGCCAUCAACUUGAUAGUACAGCACAUCCAAGACAUUCUGAAUGGCGGGCUAAGCAAGCGUCACAACGGCUGCAUGAACGGCCACAGUACUCCACGUCAGCGGCGGACCUCCGAGUCCAGCAGCCGGCCUCAUUGACCUCGUCACACCUCUCUUCACAGGGCGGAGAGGGGUGUGGGGGUUGUGCUGUAAAUAAUGCCUCUUGGCAUCACUGUAUUUAAGAGAAGAGGAAAAAAAAGAUGCAAAAAGAAUUGAAAUGCCUUUUAUUAUUAUUAUUAAGACUACUCUUGUUAUUAGUUACUUUCAUUGUAAUUGUUGAAGUUCUUGGAUUCAAAUUUUUUGUCAGGAGGGUAGAAGAGAAGAUCUUGUUAUUCUUGUGAUGAGACCAUGGGUUAAAAUUGACCCCAUGCAUUUUCCUCCCAAUUUGCAUUUUGUUUUUUAUGUAUCCCCCGCUGCUCCAUCGGAAAUCAUGCCGACAAUGAAUAAAAGAGGGGAAACCUUUUUUAUUUUUUAAUGUCUGAUAAAACUUGAACCCCUAAUGGCUGGGGAAGUCUGCUAAAUGUUUGGGUAUGCUGAACGAGAAGGAUGCAGAGUAGAGGACGAGUUGUACAAACCAGGAUUGCAACUCUGUAUUUGUACUGACAAUCUUGGUCGAUGUUUCCCACCCUAUUUCUUCAGUGUUCCCUCAUUGUAUUGUUUAGUGUAAUGUGUUACACUAGAAGUCUGUUUACUACACAAAGUGUCCACCACAUUGAUUCUGUAUGAUGUCUGCAGCAGCAGAAAUGCAACACAGGAUUUUUCACUACCAAUUGUCACAUUGAAAGUAUUGUGACUACCAGACCAGUGAAGCCAAAGGCUGGAAGGUUCAACCGGCUACUGUAUUAACUGAGUCCAGUGUUGUGGGUAUUGUUACAUUUUUUGAGAUGCUUGUCCCCUCUAAUUAACGGCUUAUUGAUGAGUAUUGACUGUCCCAAUCAAAACUUAUUAAUACAUCUGCUCCCGUUUGUGAAUGACAAAGAAUUGUUGAUUCAUGAGAAAGGUGCUCAAAUCUGGAUAUAUACUUUGCAUAUACUGAAUAAGCUUAAGGUAUGACAUGUAUACUCAGGUUGAUUAUACCGUUUUGAUUUGAAAUGCCAGAAUAAAGGUGUGAUGAGGGUGUUCAAUGCCACAGCAAUAUCAGUUAUCCCAGGUGUGUGGAACAAUAACCACAGAGACCCACCACAAUGCCUCUGCAAAGUUGCCUCAGGUUAAUGUGUACAGCAAGUAUCCGCACUAGAAACCAGUUUCCAUUCUAACGCAAGGUUACAAUAAAAACUGUUGAAUCAAUUUUGUAUUCCAUGUGCUGUAUUUGUUAUGUAUAGUGCAAUUGAAUGAAUGAUUUGUACCAUGACAUUUUGUACGUAUGGCUGUUGAAUUGGCUUUGAAUGAUUUUUAUGACGUCGUCAGUUUCUUUAUGGUUAAUAAACUGGUACAGCCCAGUG